AUGGAGCCGGGAGCCCGACUGGACUGGCUUCAUCAACUGAGCUACCCAGUGACCACUGAUGCAUCAGCCUUGGAGGUAUAUACACCAAAAGAAAUCUUCGUGGCAAAUGGGACACAAGGGAAGCUGACAUGCAAGUUCAAGUCCACUAACACCACCGGCACGUUGACCUCGGUGUCCUGGAGCUUCCAGCCAGAGGGGACCGACACCACUGUGUCGUUUUUCCACUACUCCCAAGGGCAAGCGUAUCCUGGGAAUUACCCACCAUUUAAGGACAGAAUCAGCUGGGCUGGAGACCUCGACAAGAAAGAUGCGUCAAUCAACAUAGAAAACAUGCAGUUUAUACACAAUGGCACCUAUAUUUGUGACGUCAAAAACCCUCCUGACAUUGUUGCCCAGCCAGGACACAUUAGGCUCUAUGUCGUAGAGAAAGAGAUCUUGCCUGUGUUUCCAGUUUGGGUGGUGGUGGGUAUAGUUACUGCUGUGGUCCUAGGUCUCACUCUGCUCAUCAGCAUGAUCCUGGCUGUCCUCUAUAGAAGGAGAAACUCUAAACCGGAUUAUACUGGCUGCAGUACAUCAGAGAGUGUGUCACCAGUUAAGCAGGCCCCACGGAAGUCCCCCUCCGACACAGAGGGUCUAGUAAAGAGCCUGCCUUCUGGAUCCCACCAGGGCCCAGUCAUAUAUGCGCAGUUAGACCACUCUGGUGGACAUCACAGUGACAAGAUUAACAAGUCAGAGUCUGUGGUGUAUGCGGACAUCCGGAAAAAUUAAGAGAAGACCCAGAACAUAUCCUAAGCAAGAAACAAAUGAAAGGGGACACUUAUGCAGAAAAUGUAGCCCAUAACCACCUGUGGCCUUGGAGAGCUGGGCAAGGACAAGCACAUGUUCAUUCAUGGAAGGAGAAAAAGAUGUGUAUAAAGGAUAUGUAUAAAUAUUCUAUUUAAUCUGAUACGGGGAACCAAUGUUGCAUGAUGAAAAGAUGGUAUGAUUCUACGUAUGUAUAAAUUUUCUUGCUGUUUUGUACUUUCUUUCAGGGUCCUUUACAGUUGGGAAAAGUCAGAAACAUUCCUGUUGCUGUCAUUUAGAUGUGGUUGGCCUUCCUGGAGAUGGUAGCAGGUCUUUAGUAUUCCAGUAGACAUGGCCCUUCUGUCUCAGGGCUUAACCAGUCUUUGCAUUUAUCGUGGUUGGAGAGUGGAGACGCUAUCCUGGUGUCAUGCCCAGGGUGGCCUCUAACAGAAAACCUCCGUUAGCCGUGCCCCUUGAACACAGUUCGGGAAGUUUUUGUUGGUAUUUUGGUUUUUUGCUUUGUAUGUUGAGACCGACCUUAAUGUUACACCCUUGAUCAUAUCAGUUGGUGGAUUUGUCAUAGCAAGGCCAGCAAAGGAUAAAUGCCAAGGUCACCUCUUUCUAGGUACUUUUAGAUCAAUAUCAUACACGUAAUUGAAGUAGGAACCCCAGGUCUUGCUUGAGGAGUACGGUGCCAUUUGGAGAGUCCUUCCUGCUUGAAAUAAGGGUCCCCAUACAGCCGACGGAGAGGAGUUUCAUUUCCUUUUAAGUAGGCACAAAUUGGGAUAAUUACAAAGCCAGUCUGUGGCAUCCCGGAGCUAUCUCUAGAGAACCGUCUUUCUAAAAGCUUCUGUCAUGAUUCCAGCGAGAGGUGGCAUUGGUCACGGCUCUGUAAUAGCUUCACGGGGCCUCAAAGGUUAAAGAUAGUCUAGAUUUUUUAAAUCAGUAGGUAGGGUUAUUAGCACUUCUGCUCUGGAAGUCUCUUCUCUGUUACUGUUUGGGCGUUUGGGGUGGGGUUUUUUUGGUUUUUCUUUUUUUGUUUUUACUUCCCCCCCCCCACUUUUUCCCAUUACGUGGAAUUGAUAAAUAAGGAGGUGAGGGGAAAUGGGGGUAUCCUUUCCAAGAAUUCAUCGUCUUCACUGACUACCCUCCUUACCCCGUCUCGAGCCGAUGAGUUUUUAUCUUUUACUGGGGAUGAAAAACAUGGGGAAGGUCAGCGAACACUUGUUUUUAUUGUCAUCCCCCCCCCCUUUUUUCUGGAUGAUUUUAACAGAAUUUCUUUGCCACUUAAAAUGAUGGGCGAGCCCCCCAGUCGGGCAGGACCCCGGCUAGCCGGGCGCAGAGCACAUUCGGCCCAGGCUAGUUUUCCUGCCGCGGGGUUCAGGCGCGCCCGGAGCGGCUCGCUCUGCCUGCCCGCCUGCUGUCACCUCCGGGCGAUGACCCCGAAGCCAACUUUGUAGAGGCUCCCAAAGGGCGCCGGGCGCAAAGCGGUGCGAGCUGGUAUGGGGGCACCCGGGGCUCGCCCGACACAUUUCUGCAAAGUGGGCGACUUCGCCGUGCCCCCGGGAACUUCCCUGCAUCCAUUCGGAGAACCACAGGAGCCUCUGAAGCCCUGUGUGUACAUGUGUGUUUGGGGGGGCGGGGUGCUGGGAUCGUCACCCUUCUUCCAGCUGAUGAUGAUGUUGUUCUUGGUGAGCCUUUGCCACCCGAGGAGCGGACAGCUGACCAAGACCGCCGUGAGGUAGAAAGGACACAAAUUGUUGAGAGACCAAUUCGUCUGUGUAAUGUUUCCUUGAGUCCUUUUUUACAGAGAAAAGGCGCAUUGUCCUUUUUCUCCACAGGUCCUGCGAAUAAAGUAGAUGUUCCUAAUACCUCCUGAAAGCGACAGUCCCGGUUCCUCCUUUCCUUGUGGGGACGGGGACUUGGGAUGCAAGGGGCACCCAGUGCAGCGACACUUGGUGCUGACAGCUGCCUCCUCGGCCCCGGGGCUUUCUCCUAACCGCCUCUGGAUUUUUUGGCCCUUUCUCUUGCGACCCAGUGUCCCUGUGCCUGGCCACAGAUGACAACAGUCGGGUAGCAGGGCUGCCCUUCCCACGUCUAAUUAGUGGCAGAAGGAGACCUUUUAACGUUCCGUGUGAUCAGGGGCCACCUAGAAGCGAUUACUUAAGAGGUGAAAAUCCCAAACCACCUAUAGGUUUUCAGUGGAAAUGUAUCCAGCUAGGGAAAAACCCAUUGAGUUCGUUGUUAUUUUUUGUUUUUCUUCCUUCUUCCAGAUUGUUGUACUUUUGUGGAUAUUUUAAUACAUCUUUUUCAAUUACUGAA